AUUUCUUCGUCUCUUUUUUUUCUGUACCAUCAUGGCGGCCGCCAGGAGACAUAAAAGCGUGGCCGCGGCUCAGCCGGGGUUUUUGCCUUUUAAAUCGAGUCUUGACGGCAACAGUUCGGCUAUUAAACGGCGUAAACGCGUGAACAAAAAUAAGAAAAAGAGCUGGAACAAAUUCAGUGAUAUCCAGGAUGUGGAGGAGUUUCUAGACGACGUGCGGCUUCAGGAGAGAGCCACAGGGGGGUUGAUAUCUGAAAAAACAGAUGAAUCUCUCUUCUUUGUGGACACUGGCAUAACAGUUGAAAAAGAUACAAAAGAUACACAAGCAGAGACAACAGUCAAGAAAGGUAAACACUCUAAACCUCUGCGGAUAGAUCUUAUCCUUCAGCCAGAUUCCCGCAUACCGGCCCCAAAAAAUGUCUUGGCAUUCCAGCAGCCCAAUGCUAAAAAGCAGCGGCGCAUAUCAGAGAGAGCAGCAAAGUUGGCGGCCACGGGAGUGUUGCCACGGAGGGAAAAACUUCUUCAACUCCGAAGGGCUGCAGCCGCCUCUGGGGUGUCAGUUAAGGAACAUCCAGUGGCCAAUAAUAAUCCAGAAAGAGCUUUUUAUGACCUGUGGAAUGCAGGCACACCAGAGACGGCUGAUCCCUACUACCUCGAACAGACUAAGAAAAAACUUGUCAAGAGACCAGAGAGACUGAAUGAGAAACCUUCUGUUCUUCCUGCGAUUGAAGUUAUCGCUCCUGGAGGUUCAUACAACCCAGACUUCUUUUCUCACCAGGACCUGCUUCGUGAGGCCCAUGAGGUAGAGGUCAAGAAGCAGAAAGCGGAGGAAAAGUUGGCACGUCAACUAGCUGUGAAUGAGGAUAAGGCCACUGAGGAAAGCACCUUUAAAGAGCAGGUGGAGGGGUUGAUUGAUGAAGAGGAGAUUGAACCACAGGAGACAGAAGGGGACACCGAAGACACCGUCAUUGGGCCAACUGCAACAGAGGAAAAGAAAACUGAGAAACAGAGGAAAAAGGAGAAAGCUAAAAGGAUUAAGGAGUUGCAGAGGAAGGCAGAGCGUCAGAUGAUUCAUAAGCAGCAGCAGUUGUUCCAAUUGCGAUCUAUCCAUGCCAGCGUGAAGAAGCAGGAACAGAGGACCAAGAUGAGGCAGGCUCAACGCAAGGCCCAACAAGAGACACAGAAAAGCAUGCCUCGCCGACUGGGCAGACUCAAGUUCCAGACACCUGAUCUAGAUGUUCAGCUUAGCAAUGAGCUUGCCAGUUCUCUUCGCAGUCUAAAGCCAGAGGGCAGCAUCCUAAAAGACAGAUUUAAGAGCUUACAGAAGAGAAACAUUAUUGAGCCCAGAGAAAGAGCCAAGUUUAAGAGGAAGCACAAGUUGAAGUACUCCGAGAAGAGGGCCUUCAGGGAGAUCGAGUGAUGCACAGUGUUGUUUAUCCUUUCAGUUUUCCAACAAAUGAUGCUGUGCUAUUCAUACUGCAAUAAAAAAGCUGUUAUAUUCCAACAA